CUCUCUCUCUCUCUCUCUCUCCACACGAGUUCCAGAGAGAGAAACCCUAAUUAUUUCUUUUGGGCUACUUGGUCAUCCACAUUUCUCCCUUCUGGAAACAGGAAACAGGAAACAGCACAGCAAUGAACAGUCAUCUGUGGAUGUUUAAUUCGAAUCAUCUGGAUCGUUUGUCCACCCGGUUUCUGAUUUCUGAAUCAUCUGGUUGUUGUCGACAGGCGGCGCUUACGAAGAUUUGGUUCUUCAUCUUGUGGCUCAUCUGCCUUGUUCUUGAGUCCCUUGUUAAGCUGUUCAAACUGAUGGGAGGUGCCGAGUCCUCGGAACAGGGCACCAGGAAUGUGCGGCCGCGGACUACGCAUUCUGAACAUAGGUAUCAGCAGGAGCAGCACGAGGGCACCGAAUUCUCCCGCGAAUGGUCGCACUACGGGGACUAUCGAGCCCCGUUCCAGACAUAUGAUUCGGAUCCUACGCCCUACCCUGCUGCGCCGCAUGCGUCUGCGCCGCCUCAGGACUACUCGCCUCGAGGCUACGCGCCGCAAUCUUCGGGUUAUUCUCGGGCCCAACCUAUGCCGCCGCCCGGCUCGUCGCGGGCCACCCGGCCGCGACCGAAGCUGGAGAGGAAGUACUCAAAGAUAGCCGACAACUACAGCUCCUUGGAGGAGAUCACUGAUGCGCUUGCUCAAGCCGGUCUUGAAUCUUCAAAUCUAAUUGUUGGUAUUGAUUUCACGAAGAGCAAUGAGUGGACAGGUAAGCUUUCGUUCAACGGCCGCAGCUUGCAUUACAUUAGCGAUACUCCAAAUCCUUAUGAGCAAGCAAUUUCUAUCAUCGGACAGACCUUGUCAGCAUUUGAUGAGGAUAAUUUAAUCCCGUGCUUUGGUUUCGGAGAUGCUUCUACACAUGACCAAGAUGUCUUUAGUUUUUAUCUGAACGAAAAACCGUGCAAUGGCUUUCCAGAGGCUCUAUCACGAUACCGAGAAAUUGUUCCUCAAUUGAGAUUAGCUGGCCCAACAUCGUUUGCUCCGAUGAUUGAAAUGGCUAUGACUAUUGUGGGGAACAGUGGUGGACAAUACCAUGUUUUACUGAUAAUUGCUGACGGACAGGUAACGAGAAGCGUAGAUACUGAGUUUGGCCAGUUAAGUUCCCAAGAACGGAGGACUGUCGAUGCUAUUGUAAAAGCUAGUGAAUUGCCCUUAUCUAUUAUUUUGGUUGGAGUUGGCGAUGGCCCGUGGGGCAUGAUGCAAGAGUUUGAUGAUAAUAUACCUGCGAGAUCUUUUGAUAAUUUCCAAUUUGUCAAUUUCACGGCAAUUAUGUCAAAGGAUGUGAGCCAAACCAGAAAGGAGACGGAGUUUGCUGUCUCAGCACUAAUGGAAGUACCUUCACAAUACAAAGCAACAUUGGAGCUUGGGAUCUUAGGGCGGAGGGACACAAAAUCUCCUGAAAGGGUCCCACUUCCUCCUCCAUUUGGAACCUUUAAUGUAGCUUCCACUGCCCCAAAAACUUUUGCUUCAUCAAGUGGUCUUCAGCAAAGAGCACCUUCUCAUUCCAGUGAUAGAGCCUCAACAUCCACAUCUCCACCUGCCGCGACUCCAUCAGAUUCUCAGGUUUGCCCAGUCUGCCUCUCAAACUCGCGAGACAUGGCCUUUGGCUGCGGACAUCAGACAUGCAGCAACUGUGAACCGAGCCUAGAAUCCUGUCCUAUUUGCCGUCGGCCAAUCGAGACCAGAAUAAAGCUAUACUGAUUUCGCUGUCCAUCAGGCCCUCUGUAGGAUACAACAUGUAUUGAUAUAUCGAGUUCUCGAACUUUGCCGGUGCCGUCGCUUCGUUCUUGCCGUACAGAAGAAAAUGGCAAACAUCCUCUCUUAUGUUUAUGCUAUUCGUGCCGACAUCUGUUUAUGCAUCAGCUCCCCUCUUCGUGCAUGCCUGUGUUUCGUCUUUUGCCUCGCUUUUCUAUUGAGUGCUCCUAUUGUUGAGUUUGAUAUCUACAUUAUUGUAAGAACUUCUCCGUAAUCGUGUGUUGUGUGUGUGUGUGUGUUCAAUUGCGUUUGCAGUCAUCUGUAUCAAUGAAUCAAUAGUUUCAUAAGAAAAAGGCCGCGAAUGCCGCGCAAUGCGGAUUAUAUUCGUCCCUGCUACUUGUACAGUUUUAAACUCUUCUAAAGUUCUAGCUUGUGGGCUUGAUGCAAAUGUACAACGAGUGUCUCAGCUCUCUUUCGAAGAAGGAAAUGAAAGUGACUAGAUUGUAUGUUAAUACA